GCCCGUUGCUGGUAUCUUGACUGGUGGCUGCGAGGCAGAGGCUCGAACUCCCACAGGCUCCUUGGGACUGGCCGCCUCCUCGUGGGUCUCCCCCUUCAUGGCCUUGGAAAGACUUUCCUCCCGACCGGAAGUGAGGACCGCUGGACCCGAAUCGAUAGUACCAUCGCUGGCCAGAGUGUCAGCAGCUUGGAACCGCAAGAAGGACGAGGAGGGCACACAGGAGCAUCCGCUUCGGAUAGUCAUGCUGUCGACCCUGCUGGAAGUGAUGAUCGAAAGAGCUCAAGCGGCGGUGGAGCCGACACGCUUGGAGGCCUCUGCCCAGGCGGGUCUCAUCCUGAAUCAGGGGGACGAACCCUUUUGGCCGUCUCUACGCUGGAACCCAGCCCGCCGAGUCGAGGAAAUCGUGUCGAGCGAGGAAGCGAGACCCCUGGAGCAUUCCAGACUGAUGAGAAAGCUCAACCAGGUCCGGGAUACGAUCAAUCCCGAGAACAUAUUGCGUUGCCACGGCUACCACUCCAUCUCCGAGAACAUGACGGGGGACACCUGGCGACUACUCCUGGAGAUAGAGACUGUUGGCGAGGAAGCACAGAAUCUUCAUGCUUGGCUUCGGAGGAUGAUCAACUGCACAGCAUGGAAGCUUAUAGGCGGUCGAUUUCGCCGCGAACGGCUGGGUCGCUCUCCGCUAGCCAAUCGGCUGGCGGAGCUCCUGGGCUAG